GAUUUAUGUGCUGCCCCGUUCCGAUAAUUUCUCUCAUUGCAGUAGAUAAAUCUUUUUUUUUAUUUCUCUCAAGUCAUACCGGUACUUCCCUGAUCAUUUUCGACUUUCCACCCCAUCUUCCCCAGUGUUUAAUUUCCCUCCGUCUGUGAAGUCGUCGAAAUUGUGCGGAUUCUAUAAUAGUUACCAUUGCCUUCCUGGUUGUUUUUGCUUCUUCUCCAAAGUCAACUGAGAAUUGUCAUUAUUGAAAUUGACUCUGUUUGAGUUUUGCUUGUCUGUCUGCUUACUCUGCUUACUCGUACAUACCUGAAUUGUUUGCAUCUGCACGCUCACCUACACCCGCGCCAAAAAAAAACAAUUAUUUCAAGUCUGACAAGGCGGCAUUUCAAUUCCUAUUUGGGUGUGGAAACUUAAGAAACUCCACAAUUUCCCGCAGACCUUGCUCCGAAAGUCGGUCAUUCAUUCAAACGACUCAUCCGAAGUAAACAGUAUCCAUUGGACCGAAUUUAAACCCUUUUUAUAAUCCGCGGAGAGUGGCAGAUUCGAAGCGUGUCAAAGAUGGCAGGGACAGAUCUCAUAACGGCGAAGGAGGUGGUGAAGGAGUCUUUGUUGGGCUCAACUGUUGCAGAGGAUGUUCAGCUUUCUGCUCAAUCGGCAGCUACCUUUGAAAAGCAUUCGCGGAAGGAUGAGUCUGGGGGUGAGGCUUAUAUGAAUGAGGAUGACUUUGUAGAUGCCAUUGCGCCGACCGGCGAAGACUAUGUGAGUGAAUCUACACUUUUGUGCCUUCCUCCUUUCUAAGAGUCAUGGCUAACGGAAUUGAUUUUCUUCUAGCAUAAAAUCAAACGCGAACAAUAUGCGAUCCUGUUCCGUGUAGCUGAUCACAGAAAUACUGGUAAAAUCAGUUUACAUGAUUGGGGAACAUUCGAAAAUCUUCUUGCCAAACCUGAUGCCGAAUAUGAGAUCGCAUUCCGUCUCUUCGAUGUCGAUCGAACCGGCACUGUUAAAUACGAGGAUUUGAAGAAGUUAUAUGAAUUAAACAAGGGACCAGAUACCAUACCAUUCGAUUGGAAUUGCGAAUGGGCUACUUUAUAUAGUGGAGGAAAGAAGAGAAGACAUGACUUGACUUAUCCACAAUUCUCGCAGAUGCUUCGAGGUCUGCAAGGAGAGAGGAUACGUCAAGCUUUCCACCACUUUGAUAAAGAUGGAGAUGGAUAUAUUGAGCCUGAAGAUUUCCAGCGAAUCAUUCUGGAAACUGCAAAACAUAAGCUCUCGGAUCACCUUCUCGAAAAUCUACAUACUCUUUGCAAUAUCUCGACUGGUAGCAAGAUCUCAUAUGCAAAUGUUAGAGCUUUCCAGAAUAUGAUUAGAGAGAUGGAUUUGGUAGAGAUGGUUAUCAGGCAAGCAACUGCUGAAAGCACUGAUGGAAAGAUUACCAGGACAGAUUUCUUGAACGAAGCUGCCAGAAUUACUAGAUUUUCACUCUUCACUCCUAUGGAAGCUGAUAUCUUAUUUCAUUUUGCCAGUCUUGAUAAUCCUUCUGGCAGACUCGGAUUAUCGGAUUUUGCAAAGGUCCUCGAUGCAUCAUGGCGCAACCCCACGUUCAAUGCCUAUGAAAAGAUUGGUAGUGGCAAUGGUGUAAAAACGGCUACUGGAAGCGUUCUCCUUAGCGUUCUCGAAUCUGUUCAUCAUUUUGCUUUGGGAAGUUUGGCAGGAGCUUUUGGCGCAUUCAUGGUAUACCCUAUUGAUCUCGUCAAGACUCGUAUGCAAAAUCAAAGAUCUUCAAGAGUUGGAGAAAUGCUAUACAAGAAUUCCUGGGAUUGUGCUAAGAAGGUUGUGCGCAAUGAGGGAUUCAAGGGUUUAUAUUCUGGUGUCUUACCUCAACUUGUUGGUGUUGCUCCGGAAAAGGCUAUUAAGUUGACAGUCAAUGAUCUUGUUCGUGGUCACUUCUCCUCUAAGGAUGGUAGCAUUCUUCUUAAGCAUGAAAUUAUUGCUGGUGGUAUGGCUGGUGGAUGUCAAGUCGUAAGUUAACAUCUACCUCGAUCCAAUUGUGCAAAGUAUACUAAACUCCCACGCAGGUCUUCACUAAUCCUCUUGAAAUUGUUAAAAUUCGUCUACAAGUUCAAGGAGAAGUCGCCAAAAAUCUUGAAGGCACUCCUCGCCGUUCAGCAAUGUGGAUUGUCCGUAAUCUAGGUCUUGUCGGUCUAUACAAAGGUGCAUCCGCUUGUCUUCUCCGUGAUGUUCCUUUCUCGGCGAUUUACUUUCCAACAUACAAUCAUUUAAAGCGCGAUCUCUUUGGUGAAAGUCAAACCAAGAAACUUGGUGUCUUGCAUUUGUUAACUGCAGGUGCCAUUGCCGGUAUGCCUGCCGCUUAUCUUACUACUCCUUGUGAUGUCAUCAAAACCAGAUUACAAGUUGAAGCCAGAAAGGGUGAAUCACAGUACACAUCCCUACGCCACGCUGCGAAGACAAUUUGGAAAGAAGAAGGUUUCAAAGCAUUCUUCAAGGGUGGACCAGCUCGUAUCCUUAGAUCAUCUCCUCAAUUCGGUUUCACACUCGCGGCAUAUGAAGUUCUUCAAAACGUUCUUCCAAUGCCUGGUAAAGCAAAGGAUGAGAGAACUCACGUGGGUGUAGCGGUCGCUGGUGUAUUACCAGGUCAAGAGGGACCACUUAACUAUUUGAGAAGUAGAAAUGCAUUGAAGAUUAUUUUGGAUUUGGAUGAGGAGUUUGGGAGAGUGAAGAUUCCUGGUAAGGAAAAGUGGAUGGGAUUACCUAGGGCGAUGGGCGGAAAUGGAGGUGUUAGUUCUUAGAGGGGAUAGAAGUUCGUGAAGUCCGGAAAUGAGAGAGUAACGAAGGAAUGAGAGCAAGAAAGGAAGAGAGAAAGAGGAAAAAAAUUCAUGGCUAGAAUUGGAUUAAUUGGAUGGUGUCUAUCGUCUGUCUGCGACCUGCCCUUGGGUUUAGAGAGAAAUGAAUAGAUAUCAUGGGAUGGAAUCGAUAGGUUCAAUGGAUAGUUGGCGGAUUAUCAUUGUGAGAGAAUGAAAGAUGAGAGGUGGAUGGGGAGAUGGGGACCAAGGGAUGAGGAUGGAGGGUAGCGGUGGGUGAAUGUACAUUUAGAUACUUUAGAUCUAUUAGAUUUUUCGGG